CCGAGCUCCGACGCCCGCACCAGCCCCUAUUGGGCGGCCGGUUUCCAAUCGGAAGAGCUUCAGAGCCUCAGUCUUCGGGCGGCGCUGGCCAUUGGCGGGCAGGAUGGAGGCGGAGCCUUGGGUCGUCGCCUGCUGCCCGAGGUUAAGGCCCCCGCCUCCUUCAGGAUGACGCUGGACGUGGGGCCGGAGGAUGAGCUGCCCGACUGGGCCGCCGCCAAGGAGUUUUACCAGAAGUACGACCCUAAGGACGUCAUCGGCAGAGGAGUGAGCUCUGUGGUCCGCCGUUGUGUUCAUCGAGCUACUGGCCACGAGUUUGCGGUGAAGAUUAUGGAAGUGACAGCUGAGCGACUGAGUCCUGAGCAGCUGGAGGAGGUGCGGGAAGCCACACAGCGAGAGACACACAUCCUUCGCCAGGUCGCCGGCCACCCCCACAUCAUCACCCUCAUCGAUUCCUACGAGUCUUCUAGCUUCAUGUUCCUGGUGUUUGACCUGAUGCGGAAGGGAGAGCUGUUUGACUAUCUCACAGAGAAGGUAGCCCUCUCAGAAAAGGAAACCAGGUCCAUCAUGCGGUCUCUGCUGGAAGCAGUGAGCUUUCUCCAUGCCAACAACAUUGUGCAUCGAGAUCUGAAGCCCGAGAAUAUUCUCCUAGAUGAUAAUAUGCAGAUCCGACUUUCAGAUUUCGGGUUCUCCUGCCACUUGGAACCUGGCGAGAGGCUUCGAGAGUUGUGUGGGACCCCAGGGUAUCUAGCGCCAGAGAUCCUUAAAUGCUCCAUGGAUGAAACCCACCCAGGCUACGGCAAGGAGGUCGACCUCUGGGCCUGUGGGGUGAUCUUGUUCACACUCCUGGCUGGCUCGCCACCCUUCUGGCACCGGCGGCAGAUCCUGAUGUUACGCAUGAUCAUGGAGGGCCAGUACCAGUUCAGUUCCCCUGAGUGGGACGACCGUUCCAGCACUGUCAAAGACUUGAUUUCCAGGCUGCUGCAGGUGGAUCCUGAAGCACGCCUGACAGCUGAGCAGGCCCUACAGCACCCCUUCUUUGAGCGUUGUGAAGGCAGCCAAUCCUGGAACCUCACCCCUCGCCAGCGGUUCCGGGUGGCAGUGUGGACAGUGCUGGCUGCUGGACGAGUGGCCCUAAGCACCCAUCGUGUACGGCCACUGACUAAGAACGCACUGUUGAGGGACCCUUAUGCGCUGCGGUCAGUGCGGCGCCUCAUCGACAACUGUGCCUUCCGGCUCUAUGGGCACUGGGUGAAGAAAGGGGAGCAGCAGAACCGGGCAGCUCUCUUUCAGCACCGGCCCCCUGGGCCUUUUCCCAUCAUGGGCCCUGAAGAGGAGGGAGACUCUGCUGCUAUAACUGAGGAUGAGGCCGUGCUGGUACUGGGCUAGGACCUCAACCCCAGGGAUUCCCAGGAAGCAGAACUCUCCAGAAGAAGGGUUUUGAUCAUUCCAGCUUCUCUGGGCUCUGGCCUCAGGCCCACCACUGAUCCUGCUACCCUCUUAAAAGACCAGCCCGGUACCUGUCUUCCCCCCAGCCACAGCUCUGAGAUCAGAGCUGGGGUGUAAGGGAGCCACUCUGAAUGCCACACCUGGCCCAGUCAGUGCUGCCUGCGCUGCAUAUGAAAUAAAACCCACUACACACCAGGGA